GUUACCAGAGACAACAUCCUGUUUCCUUUACCCACCUCACUGUCCAGACCCCUGGACGCUCUGUUCACAGGGUGCAGGGAGGGGCAAGAGUCCGGCCCGAGGCCCAGAGUCCAAAGAUCUCACAGCUGGAAGAUCCCACAGCUGUGGAAACUGAGUCUGGGACCCGAGGGGUGUGAUUUACCCAAGAUCCCGGCCACUGCAGAUCUGGGCCAGCACGGCAGGGCCUCCAGGGUUCCCUGGAGAUGACACAUUUCGGAGGUUUCCAAAUAGAACCAUUAAGGCCUGACUUGCCCUCCCCUAAGUUCAGUGUGGUCAGUUCCUCCCUUCCAAGAGGCUCUCUCCAGCUGGUUGUGGCCCAAAGGGUUCUUACAUACAUCCUAGGAAUGUGUUUGGAUCCAUGGAGCUCUGGGGCUCAACAGCACAGGCCCUGGGACAAGCGGGCCUCUGUGGAUCCCAACACAGAACCUCUAUUUGUUUAUUUAUUCUUAUAGUAAAUGUUUAUUGCAAGUACUGGGGACACAGUAGACAAAACAGACACAACUCCCUACUCUCAUGGAGUUUACAUUCUAGCGGAGGAGGCAGAUAAUCAUAAGAUAAGGCAGUAAAAUAUAUAGCAUGUCAGACAAUGAUUUGCUGCGGAGACAAAUAGAGCAGAGGAGGGGAUGGAGAGGAACCAGCAGGAGAUGGAGUGGAGAGAGUGUACUUUUAAAUAGGAUGGAUGGGUAACAUUUGGGCAAAGACUUGAAGGAGGUGAGAGAUGAAGCCAUGUGGAUACCUGGAGAAAGAGCCCUGUAGGCAGGAGCAAUAGUAGGUGCAAAGGCCCUGAGGCAGAAACAUAUCUGGCACAGUUAAGGAACAGCAAGGAGGCCAGUGUGCUGGAGCAGAGAGAGACGGGCAAGGACUAGAAGUUGAAUUAGGACGUCAGGGGAGGUCAGACCACCUAAGGCCUUGUAGGUCACAAUCAAAGCCUUUGGCUUUAACUUUGAGGGAGAUGGGAGCCACUGGACAGUUUGAGCAGAAAAAGGACAGGAUCCGAUUCAUGUUUUGUAAAGAUCAUUCUGGUCACUGUGUGGAAAAGAGAAACGAGAACACCAGUUAGGAAGCUACUAUAAUAAUUCAGAAGAAUACUCAGACAAAGGUAGUCAUGGUGAGAAGUGGUGAGAUUCUGAAUAUUUGAGAAGUAGAGCCACCAGGAUUUACUAAUGUGGGUAGUGAACUGUGACAGAAAGAGAGAAGUCAAGGAUAACUUCCAAGAUUUCCGCCAGAGUAAGUAGAACGAUGCAGCUGCCAAUUACAAAGACGAGAAAGCCUGAGGAAGGGACAGGUUUGGGAGGAAAUCAAACCAUUUAUCUGUGUGAUUCUGGGUAAGUUGCGUAACCACUCUGAACCUCAGUUUCUUCAUCUGUACAAUAGUUAUAAUAAACACUCCCCUGCAGUGGUGGUGAGAACUAAGUGAGAUCAUGAACUCACAGGCUUGGCAAACAGAUACACUCAACACACAUGCCAUGCACAGUGCAGGGAUGACGCGUGGCCAUCCCAUCUCCUCAGGAAGCCACUGGAAGGAGAGGAAGACGACACCUAUAAAUCUAUAUUCCAGCUCCUCUUCCCUGCUUCCUCCAGGUAGAAGUGGGACAGACCUUUUUGACGUUUAAGUUUUCUUUCUUCACGGUCUUUGACACUUCUGGAGAUGGUGAUGAUGCUACUGGAGGCUGGUGGUGGGGUGGCGAUAAAGAUCUUAGUCCCAUGCCUGUGAAGCUUACAAGACACUUACACGGCCAUUAUCUCAUCUGAGUCCAGCAAGGCAGAAAUUAAACCCAUGUUAUGAAGUAGGAGAAUAAGGUAUUUGAAAACAACACAAACCAAAACAAACCCAGACUGUCUCUACCUCACUAUCACAAGGAACCUCAUUUAAUCUUUGGGGUAAAGAAAGUGGGUAAGAGGGUCCGGAAGCGGGUAUCGCUCUUCCUGUCGUUGAGUGGGAGUGCUGCCCAGCUGUCCAGCUGGGCUCAGGUAGGAGACAGAUGGUGACCCCACUCCUCUACCCCCAGGAGAAGGCCCACAAGUGCCUGCCCAGUCCUCGUUCCCCUGUCUCAGCCACUCCAGACAUGUCUGGCAGGUCUGGGCUGCAGCCUUACAGCUUCUGAGGUUUGGGCCAGUAGGUCUCAUACACUGUCCCAUUCCAGUUACUCUUCCCAGUUCCUCCCAGUUACUGAGGUAACAGAAGAGGGGACUGGAGCCCAGAAGAGUCACCGUGGCUAAGAUCACACCAUUAGAAAGUGCAGUCUGGCUUCCAACUCCGAGGUCGGCCCCCAGCAGGAAGAAUUCCUGCAUUCCAAUUCCUUCCACUUCUGCCAGCCCAGCUGCCCCCUCCCCUCCAUCUACCAGGUGGCAGAACACAGCUGUCUUUUCGUGGCUCCCUGGGCCCAGCAAGCUGUCCUGGGUGGGACUGAGCUGAGUGGGGCAGUCCUGUGCAGCAUCCAGUGAGGCUGUGCUCCCGCAGGCAAAUGCAGCCAGAGAUCGGCUCUGAGCAGCAGUUCUGACCGGUGAGGAGGGAGUGGCAAAGGCAAGCCUAGAGUCUGCACUGCCUUCAAGGCCAGCCGGCCAUGCCCGUUCCGCUGCUCCCACUGCUGCUGCGGACGCUGCUGUCCCGCCUGCUGCUGCCCGCUGCCCGCCUGGCCCGCCAGCACCUCCUGCCCCUGCUGCGCCACCUGGCUCGCCGCCUGGCCUCCCAGGACAUGCGAGAGGCUUUGCUGAGCUGUCUGUUGUUCAUCUUCAGCCAGAGACACCCGCCGGAUGCUGGGGAGGCCUCCAGAGUAGCCCACUCUGAGAGGAGGGAGAGGCUAGCCCCCCAAAAAUGAGGCCACAAGUCCUGGGAGAAGCUGUAUUCAUUGAACCGCUUUCUUUUGGAGUGAGACAGUCCUGGCACUGUCACUGGCCACAGCCUGCCCAGUGGGGGACUGAGCAUGAGGGGUCAGACCAGGACAUGCCUCCCCACUCCCAGCGGAAAUGACUGGAAGGAUGCCCUGCAUCGAGCGGGAAACCCAUCACUACUCCUCCCUCCCCCUGCAUUCCUCCCAAGACCCUUCCUAACCACCUCUGGCCUGAGCCCAGAGAGGAACUCACUCGCCCCUACCCCCAGCACUCGGGGAUGCAGGGUCCCGUGAUAGACAACGCUUAUGCCAAGGACAACUGAAAAUUGAGCUGAAUUGAGAGAAGAGAUUUCAACCUGUCUUCCAGACUCAGUACCUCAAAAUAAGACCUUGGUUCCCUAGGGAGCCAGUCCCAUUCCCUAAAGCCCAGCAUGUAGCAGGUGUUCAAUAAAUACUUGUUGAUUCGAAUUCUUGGGGCACCUUGGAGGGUCUUGUCACCUCUACUCCUACACGGCAAGACAAUCUCACCUAGCCACCAGUGGGGUGGAGAAACAACUCAAGGCUUUCUUUUGCUACCUAUCCCAUUGCCCCUCAAUCCUUAUCUCCCUUCAGUCGGUAUGUCACACUGUGACCCAGGGGUCUUGGGUCUGACUUGGAGAAGGUUGGGCUGGCCAGCUCAAGCUAAGGAAGAAAACGUCCUCAGCCAGCUGGAGACCCUUCUCAGCUAACGGCGGUGGGGAGAGGGAGAGUUGUUUGCUAAGGGGCCUGUGGGCAGCCACCCAGGGGAGUGGGGCACAAACGCAUGUCCCUGAGGGGCACGCUGCCCCUGAAGGGGGGCGGGGGGAAUGACCUGAGGCAUUCACCUCAUCAUUUUCCCCUUCCCAAAGGGAGGGCCCUCAGGGGUCAAGCAAGAGUAGUCAGAUGCAUUUGCAUUGCGCCCUGGCCUCCGGAUAAUUUGCUUACUGUUCCCAUGCAACAGUCCUCCUGCUCCGGCCCACCCCAGCGAGUCUUGGGCUCUAGGUGCCGAGGGCGUAGUGAGGACACAGGACCCUAUCCUGUCCCCAAACUCGUCAGAAGCUUGGCCCGAGGUAACCGCUAAGACCAGAGCUGUGCACCCCCACCCCAGCCCUGCUGGGCUUUCCGUCAGACCCCCGACCCUCCACCCCUCGGCACCAUCUGCUUCCCCAUGGAGUCCUCAAAAGCCAGCGCACGUGCUCACCCCUCCCGGGAAGGCGACCCGGGGUAGGGGUUGGGGGGCGGAGUGAAAGCUGUUCAAGCCCCGGCUCUCCUAACCGCAUUCCC